AUGGUGUGGGUCAAACCGGAACAUCUUAUACUAGCUCAAUCAUUUUGGUCAUGUGAGAAAGCAAGUCAAUACUUCAAGCUUCAAAGGCGAAAGGGACACGGAACUCGUGGAUUUUCAUCUCUACUAGUUGCAACAAUCGAUUCUGUAUUCGAUACAAGACCACCGCCAUACAGAAUCAUUUACGAUUUUGACAAUGAAGAUAUUCAUAUUUCGAUUGUUCUCGCAGUAGCCGUUGAGCAGAAGGAAAUCGAUGAACAUUGGAAUUAUAUUCAAGAACAUUUCAUUCCUGCGAUCGAGCCUCUUCAACUUGAAAAAGAUGUUCGUCGGUAUAUCACAACAAAAGUAGAAAGCUUAGCGACUAAUUCAGAAGAAAUUAUUGCACCUUAUUCAGAAGAACUAGACUCAGUGUCGACUCGCUCUUGUCUUGAGAAGUUUCACAAAUCAUUUUCAAUUCCACCAGAUGAAAAACUAGUGAAUUAUUAUAAAUGCUGUCAUUGGAAAGGUAAAGUUCCAGCACAAGGAGACUUGUUUUUCUCAGUCAACUUCCUAUGUUUUCACUCAUUUAUUAUGGGAAAUGAGACAAAAAUCAAACUGAAAUGGACUGAUAUUGUGAGGCUCGAACGAGUAUCUUCAAUGCUCUUCUCGCAAAGUAUGCUUGUCGUGACAAAAGAAGACAAAAAAUUCAGUUUCUCAAUGUUUCUAAAUUUCGAAGAAACAUUCCAGCUUGCAUCACAACUAGCCAAUAUAGCCAUGAAACAGUUGAUAGAGGAGGAAGGGUUCUGUGAGGACAGUGCUUUGAGAAGAAAGAUGUUGAUGGAAAGUGAACAUAGAAGAACAAUUAAAACAAAAGCUUCAUUUUUAAAACGGGAUCUUGAUGCAAGACAUCGAAGUGACGCUUUCAGGUGA